ACAAUACACAUAUAUGACUUAUGUAACUUUAUUAUCUAUAUAUUAUUAACUAAGACUAAUGUGUUGUUGUCAACAUGGUGUGUUUAAGGAACUCUUGCUAACCAAAGAUAAAGAAAUAAUCGUCACACUAACAGACCUUUAUUUCUCUCUCGUCUUCUCAGGAGCAGCAACCGAACAGAGAUUCCUCUUCCUCGCUGUCAGAGAUGGAGAUGAAGCCCCUUUGCCUUGUAACAGUGUGAGAGAUGAUCAGAAUAACUGUGACAGAACUAGAUGGAUCUACACUGAUUCAAGAAGCAGAACAGCAGUAGUGCUGGUUAGAGAUGGACAGAUUGAUAAACAGGCUGAAGAUAAAUCAGACAGACUGAGUUUCACAGAGAACUGUUCUCUGGUUAUAAAGAAGCUCACAGAGAAGGAUGAUGGUCGUUAUGACUGCAGACAGAUCAGAUCAGGACAACGACUAAGUCCAGAUGCUGUGGUUUAUCUGUCUUUUGUUACCAUGACUGAACAGAAGAACUCUGAUGAGGUGACGUUAAACUGCUCUGUGUCGACAUAUGAUCAAUGUAGACACACAGUGAAGUGGCUGUUUCAGCGUCAAGAUGUGGAUGAAGAUGGCGGAGAUCUAAAGACAUCACAGUCUCUCUGCUCAGCCUCUGUGACCUUCAGGACGUCUCAUUACAUUCAAACAUCAAGCUAUCAGUCAUUGAAGUGUAAUGUGACUGAUCGUUUCACUGGAACACCUCAGCUGUUUCCCUUCAGACUCUCAGGUGAGGAGACAACACCAAGUGGAAACAACACAGCAGCAGAGAGAAUGAAAUGUUUUGGCUGUGGAAUGGAGGGUCACCUCAUCCGGACCUGUCCAAAGAAACAAAACGCUGGGACACAUAAUGCCUUGUGGUGGUUCAUCUUUGUGUCUGUGGCUUUAGCAGCACUCAUAAUGACUGUUGUGGCGGUCAACGUGUGGAGAAGAAUUAAAGAGAAGAAAACACAGACGGAUGAAAUCACUGUGCAUUAUGAUGCAGAUGAUGAUACAGUGAACUAUGAAAACAUCACAUGAUCCUGAUGGAGUUUGACCGACUCAUCGACUCCUCGUGUUUUACACACUUCAAGAUUUGAAAUAACAAAACAGAACUUUGAGAGACUUAAAGGGGACAUAUCCUGCUCACUUCCAGGUUUAUGCUUGUAUUCUGGGUUUCUACUAGAACAUGUUUACAUGCUUUAAUAAUCUAAAAACACAUUAUUACUCUCCUCCUGUCUGUGUGAAUAUACCUGUAUUCACCCUCUAUCUGAAACGCUCCAGUUUAGCUCCUGUCUCUUUAAGAAGCCCAGUCUGCUCUGAUUGGCUAGAGAGAUAAAUAUGGUUCACCUUUACGAAGGUAGUCCUCCAGCUAGUGGGCGGUAUAUUCUAAUGAGCCUGUAUGUGACAUAGGAAGGGGAGCCACAUCUGAUUGGCUCGUUGAAUCACAUGUUUUCUGAUCUAGACAGCCCACUAAAAACUGACUGGUCGUCUUAUUUCACAGUUUGUGGGUUUGGUAGACACUCCAGAUACCCAGAUGAGCACAAGCACUGAGAGAGUGAGCUUUAAUGAUAUGUCCCCUUUAAAGCUGUUUCUCACCAGUUGGAUGUGAAGAAGCGAUGCAGGAAUGACGACGAUGCACGCCGGGUCAAAUUAUCCGAGGUGCUGUGUUUAAUUUACUGUUUUAAAAAAACGUUAACGUUAGCUUCACAAUACAUCAACUAAUCAGAACCCCAGAUGUGAUGCUAAUGCUAGCUGUUUGUGGCUAGCCCCGUUCUGUGAUCAACAUAUAACGUUAGCGAGUUCAUAUCAGCUCCAUCAGCAUCUCCAUGGUAACCCAGCUGCUGGGCCACCUCAGGCCACAUUUUGUCUCUUAUUUGGUUGUUGAGGUCGUCGUCGCCGUGUUUCUACAGGACAGUGUUGGGUGUUGAGAAACCAAAAGGUAGCAGCAAGCUACCUGGAGCUAUACCUGGAGGUAUGACAUCACUUGGAACAAAGGAUUUCAUUGGUCAAACAGAUAUUCCUGCAGGUGGAAAUCAGCUGAAAUUGAGGUCCGUCUGAAUAUUUUUUCC